AUAUAAAGCAAGUUCUUUAAUCAUCCUCAUUAAUAAAAGAAAUUGGACGGGGUUAUUUUGCAAUUAAAUUCUUAAUAAUAAUAAUUUUUGCUCGACGUCAUGGAAAAGUAUAUUUUGAGGGGAACAUUGUUGAUAUAUGUUCUGCUAAUGGUACGACCCGAAACGCUAGCAAUGACAACAACAACAGCAACAGACUCAACAACAACAACAACAACAACAACAACAACAACAACACCAACAUCACCACCAGCAACAACAACAACAACAACAACAACACUAAUGACAACACCAGCAGCUACAGCAACGGCAACAGCUACAACAACGACCGCCAAUGCAGCAACUACAGAACCUGGGAAUGGGAGCGCACGCCAUGGAAUUACAUUGCCGACAUCAGUGCUUAUUACGUCCCUUUAUCUAUUUGUAUUAUUUUGUAUUUAAGACUAAGGGAAGCAAUCUUGGAGUUGAGGUUGUGUUUCCUUGAUGUAUUGCAUUUUUUCAAAUACUUGGAUUUUAAAUAUAUUCUGUUUUGUAAGCCAUGUGUGUCAUAUUAUGUAGUUGUAGUACAGUGCGUAAAAGACUUUAAAUAUAAUAAACUAGCAGAAUAGUUA